CUCACUCAUUCAUUGUUUUGCUUUUGGUCGUUUGAACGCGCUUCGAUGCUUGUUUAAACUUUAUUCAUUUUAAUUGCGUAAAUACACAAAAUCGUGAAGUAAAAAAUGAAAAAGUGCUACCGUCUAGUUCCAUUAAUCAUUUUCAUUUCAAGUGUGGAGUGAUGAUAAGCGCUUCAAUUGACAGAUACUCAUGUUGUGCUGAUAAUUUCGUCUGAACUGCAUUAAUAUCACGGAAAUAAUACGACAUCUCAGUGCUGAUUAUUGAAUUAGUUCGCUGCGCGGGAUGCUCCAUAGCAGUCGAAUUAUAAAUUUCGUGGAAAUGGGCCGGGUAGUACCGCUACGUUAAAACAACUGCACUAAAAUAAAAAGACUGAGUGUAAGUAAUAGUUCGUGAUUCUAAUUUUAAAAACACGAAAAUAAAUUUGUUGAGAAUGGAGACCGUGGGAAGUUCAGUUUUGGCGGGAUAUUUUCCGGAUUAUUUAGUAAAUUUUAUGGACGAAUUGGAUGAGCAUCCUUGGUUGUUUGCCGCUCUAGCAUCAGUACUUGUCGGCCUCAGCGGUAUUCUGCCGCUUCUCAUCAUUCCGAUCGACGAAACAGCUACCUUCAAAGACGGAUCGGGAGCGGCGACAUUGCGGGUACUGCUAAGCUUUGCAGUGGGCGGUCUGUUAGGAGACGUCUUCUUGCAUCUGUUGCCUGAGGCCUGGUCUCACGAUCUCGCCGCCACUAAAGAAGGUGAACACGUCUCACUAAAAUGCGGUCUUUGGUGCCUCUUCGGAAUGCUAGUCUUUAUAAUAGUAGAAAAAUUAUUCGCCGCCUCAGAGGAAAAUGAAGAAAACGAAAGUGAAAUAGUCCCAGCACAAAAUGGCGCCAUAAACCAAAUAGAAAUAGAAGAGAUUGAAAAACUUCUAGAAGUCGAGAGAAAGAACCGAGGAAAUGAUACGGGCACGGGUCUUUGCGGUGGCAAUGGUAGUGUCACGGCCAAGCAGUUGUAUGACACGUGUGUCUUCAAUAACAAUACUAAAGGCGAAGGCGCAUGUUGUAACAGUAUUGCGACGAACGGUGCUGUGAAGUCAUGCAAGAGCAACCGCUGGAUGGGGCGAUGCCUUCUUAGGGAGGCCAAGGAGAAGGCGCUCAAGUACAGCAAGGAGAAGCACGAUAGGCACGACAAGAAAGACGUAGCAGGCUACCUGAACCUGAUGGCGAACUCGAUCGACAACUUUACGCACGGCCUCGCAGUGGGCGGAUCUUUCUUGGUUGGAUUUAGGGUUGGUCUGCUCACCACAUUCGCUAUACUCGUACAUGAAAUACCUCAUGAGGUGGGCGAUUUUGCUAUAUUGCUGAAAAGUGGAUUCUCUCGGUGGGAGGCGGCAAAGGCACAAAUGGCGACAGCGUCAGCAGGUCUGAUCGGCGCCAUGACGGCUGUCAUAUUCAGUGGGGCGAGAAAUGCUAUUGAAGCGAAAACUUCCUGGAUAGUGCCAUUCACGGCUGGCGGCUUCCUGCAUAUUGCUUUAGUGACCGUGCUACCAGACCUACUCAGAGAAGAAGACAACUGUCAAUCCUUAAAACACUUAGCUGCUCUCAUUGCCGGCAUAGUUGUCAUGGCUCUACUUACACAUUAUUGUGGCUAAACAAAAUGUGUACUAGUAAAAAUGUGUAAAGUAUAACUUCUAAAGUGAACUUUCAUUCAAGUGCUAUAAUGAACUCUAGUGACACUAUCUGUAUUGUAUUACUUUACCUACUCAUAUCACUGGUACAGUCGUCAACGCUCCACUAAUAACACGUAAGUCAUAGAAAUUUUAAAAAAUGUGUGUAAUUUUAAAGAGGAUCUUUGAGUGCUAUUGUGACAUUACUACGAGAAGAACAUACCUGGAUAUCCUUAAAAUAUUUUGUUAACUGGUGUCACGCCUCCACUUUACUUGUGAUUAAAAAGUAUGUUAAGGUAUAAUAUGAACUCGCCUUUUCGUGCCAAAUUAGACCAAAGUGGCAUUAUCAACCUACCUAAAUCUUAAAGCUUACAAAUCGAACUAGAUAUAGUUUUAAGUUACUUAAAAUAACGUGAACAUGCUAAAUGGGACAGAUAGCUGCAAUCUACGAACUUUUUUCGCGGUUAUUUACUCGCAACUUCGAAUUGCUCUAAUAGUAUAUAAUAUUGUGUAUAAACAUUGUUAAAAUCUAAAGUGAACUUGCUUUUAUGUACUGGAUGCUAGUGUUUAAAUGAUAAAGUGUUAUAUUGUAGCUGUAAAUUUAUUGUGUAAAUAGAAAAAAACUACAAAUUAAUUAUAACUAUAUGUACAUAUAAUAUUAUUCCUUGUUAUUCCUUCAGAUUCGAUGGGAUUAUUGUCAAUGAGAUU